AUGUCUUGUAUCGUUGUUGACGAUACCCAAUUGAUCAAAAAAAUCAAAAACAAGCUUGAUGAUGAAGGUGUUCUAGACCGCAGAAACAAAAUCAUAAAAGAAUCUGGCGUUGUUCGUGUGUUUGCAACUGCCCCACCCGCGAAUAUCCAGAAUAUAUUGCAAGACUUUGCAUCCCAUGUCCAGAUCGAAAGUUUCCUGCCCCAAACAAUUGACAAAUCAAUAAGUGGACUUACUCGGACAUUUUUGGAAGCAUCUCUGCUUUCUGCUGCUCAAAUUGAUCUUCUUGUUGACAAAGUACCUCGCAAGUGGUCAGUAUACCACCCUAUGAUUCUUUUCGGAAGCGGGACUUUUGAUAGUGAUCCAUGGGUAGAGGUUUUCGAACUGGGGGUCGUAGACAAGAAAAGGUUUUUUGCGUCCCUUCUCUCGGCGUUCCCCACGACGGUGACCCAUUUUGCAGUGAAUAAGCCUAUUAUCGAGCAAGAUGUCAUGCGUCGGCCGUUCAAUCUCAUACCGCUUUACGGAGAUUUUGGUCCUGAACCUAAUGAAGAAUUGUUUGUCCUGCCAACAGCAGAGGAUUUGCAGGAUGCCUUUUGGUGCCAUGUGGUGCAGAAUGGGAUUUACCAAACUUGGGCUCCGCGUUAUACCAUGUUUUCUCGUGGGAACAUCAAGGAAAAGAAGCGCAUCUUGGAUUCCUUUCCGGAUUUAAGAGGGAAGAUGGUGUUGGAUCUCUACGCAGGCAUUGGAUACUUUACACUUUCGUACCUAGCUAAUGGUGCAACGCUCAUGUGUUGGGAGUUGAACCCAUGGUCUAUUGAAGGGUUAGUGAAAGGGUUAGCCGAAAACGGAUACAAAUACAAAUUGGUUUCAUCUAAUGAGCACUUAUCGCAGCAGAAACUUCAACAACUCCAACAAGAUGGCGUGAGGGCAUUCAUCUUUCACGAAAGCAACGAAAGCGCGCUCGAGCGUAUCAAAGCGUGGGGAAGACUCCCUAUCGCCCAUGUUAAUCUUGGGCUUCUUCCCUCACUGAAGUCCCUGUGGCCCAUUGUACGGGAAAUUCAAAACUACUGGACAACUACUACCAUGAUUGCACAUGUACACGAAAAUGCACGGUGCGACGAAUUCGACGAGCUUUGCACGUGUUUGGAAGAAUAUUUUGGAAAUGCCAAGGUAUUGCACUUGGAAAGAGUGAAGACUUUUGCACCUGAUGUUUGGCAUAUUGUGGUCGAUGUGAAAAUGGAGCCGCAAGAGGCGGCUGGCUCAAGCCUUUGA